UUCUCUGCGCUCUCCCCAGCGUUGUGACGAGACCAGACAGAAGCAACCGCAACAUCCCAGGCAGGGGAAGGUGAUAUUGGCUGAAAGUCAAUGGGGUAUAAAAGCAGCGCUCGUUGGAGGUUAUUCGGUUUAUUCGUGAUCGUAGCUGCAUUUUUCCUUGUUGGAUUUAUCAUUGGAUGGUUUGCUAACCCGCCUGAAGAUGAACCAGAAAGAAGACUGUCUGAUAAUGACCGGAUGAAACUUCUUAAUGAAAUGAAAGCUGAAAAUAUCAGACAGUACCUGAGGAAUUUUACAAAGCUUCCACACCUGGCCGGUACUGAACAGAACUUGCGCCUGGCUAAGCAGAUUCAGAAAGAGUGGAAGGACUUUGGACUGGAUUCAGUGGACUUGGUCCACUAUGAUGUCCUGUUGUCCUAUCCCAAUGAAACCAACCCAAACUACAUCUCAAUCAUCAAUGAACAGGGAACCGAGAUUUUCAAAACCUCUUUGCUUGAGCCACCACCUGCCGGAUAUGAGAAUGUUUCAAAUGUCGUCCCCCCUUACAGCGCCUUCUCUGCAAAGGGUGAACCUGAGGGGGAUUUGGUGUAUGUAAACUAUGGCCGGACAGAGGACUUUUUCAAACUCGAACGCGAGAUGAACAUUAGCUGCACUGGGAAAAUUGUCAUUGCAAGAUAUGGAAAAAUCUUCAGAGGAAAUAAGGUGAAGAAUGCUAUCCUAGCUGGUGCAAAGGGGAUCAUCCUGUUUUCAGACCCGGUGGAUUACUGUGCCCCCGGUGUUGAAGUUUACCCCGAUGGCUGGAAUCUCCCUGAAGGCGGAGCUCAGCGGGGGAAUGUGUUGAACCUGAACGGGGCGGGGGAUCCUCUAACACCAGGCUAUCCAGCCAAGGAGUAUACCUACAGAUACAAAGCAGAUGAUGGGGCUGGUCUUCCUAAAAUCCCUGUGCAUCCCAUUGGCUACGAUGAUGCAAAACUUUUACUCAGUAACAUGGGAGGACAGGCACCUCCAGAAGGUUGGAAGGGAGGCCUUAACAUCCCCUACAACAUUGGCCCUGGUUUCAUUGAAACAUUCAACACAACAAAAGUGAAAAUGCACAUCUACACUAACAACAAGGUCACCAGAAUCUACAAUGUAAUUGGCAAAAUCCGAGGAGCCACAGAGCCAGACAGAUACGUGAUCCUGGGAGGUCACCGAGACUCGUGGGUGUUUGGUGGCAUCGAUCCAACUACGGGGGCGGCUGUCGUCCAUGAGGUUGUAAGAAGUGCUGGGAAAUACAUGAAAAAAGGCUGGAGACCCAGAAGGACUAUCAUAUUUGCUAGCUGGGAUGCUGAAGAAUUUGGACUGUUAGGCUCCACAGAGUGGGCUGAGGACAAUGCCAAAAUACUGCAAGAAAGAGCGGUUGCCUAUAUUAAUGCAGACUCCGCUAUUGAAGGUAAUUACACCCUGAGGGUUGACUGCACACCGUCUCUCAACACGGUGGUGUAUAACUUAACUAAAAAGAUUGACAGUCCUGAUGAGGGCUAUCAUGGUAAAUCUCUCUAUGAAAGCUGGCACCAAAAAGAUAAUUGGACUACGUAUCGGGAUGCACCCAGGAUCAGCAAGCUGGGAUCUGGCAGUGACUUUGAGGCAUACUUCCAAAGGCUUGGGAUUGCCUCUGGAAGAGCGAGAUACACUAAAAACAGGAAAACUGAAAAAUACAGCAACUACCCUGUAUACCACAGCGUCUAUGAAACAUUUGAGUUGGUGGAAAGAUUCUAUGACCCGACCUUUAAACAGCUCUUAGCAGUGGCUCAAGUCCGUGGGGGGCUGAUUUUCGAACUGGCUGACUCUGCAUUGCUCCCAUUUGACUUCAACGAGUAUGCAGAAGCAUUGAGGACCUACGCAGACAGCAUAUUCAGCCUGGCUAAUAAACACAAACCAAGUCUUCACACAUUUGAAGUCUCGUUCGAUUCACUUUUCUCAGCCGUGAAAAAUUUCACAGAAGCUGCGCAAGAUUUCCAUGUUCGUAAGAAGCACUUGGACAUGAGCAACCCCAUGGCACUGAGAAUGGUGAAUGAUCAGAUGAUGUAUUUGGAAAGAGCAUUCAUUGAUCCUCUUGGAUUACCAGGAAGGCCAUUUUAUAGGCACAUUAUUUUUGCUCCAAGCAGCCACAAUAAAUACGCUGGGGAGUCUUUUCCAGGAAUUUACGAUGCCAUGUUUGAUAUAGAAAAUGCAAAAGACCAAUCAAAAGCCUGGGAGGAAGUUAAAAGACAAAUCUCCAUCGCAGCUUUCACAGUGCAUGCUGCAGGCAUGACUCUCACAGAAGUGGUGUGAAAAGGAGGAAAGAACGCUAAAACUACAGUGUGCACUAACUGACAUUGUUUAUGAACAGAAAUUGAUAAUCCAGUAAUUGUCUAUGCAUAUACUGUAUAUUAGAACUGUUGUUCUUUCUUUUAAAAUUAGUUUCAAAAUGUCUUCCCACACUCCAGCACUCAUUUCUUUAUUUUUCUUUUUUUUUUUUUUUUAAUACAUUCAAUUAAGUGAAGGUGCAUUAUCAAUGAUCUGGAGUUUACACUGAAUAAGCUAUUUAUUUAUGUAUACAUAUUUUCACUUCUAGGGCAUGCAUUUUGGAACCAAACUUUUUAUUUUAGCCUGAAGGUUCUAAAAUUAAAACUUGCCAUUUUGAAUGUAGUAAUAAAUUCUGAAUGCUACCUGUUGAUCAUGAAGUCUUUUAAACUCACACGAUGGCAAUCUAUACAUGAAGACAAAGUUGAGCAUCAGGGAGCAAAGUUGGUGAUAUUUUGGUUUGUUUCAUUAAAUCAAAUGGAGGCUUUGUCACAAAUGUAUUGCUCUUGAAACACUUUUUAAUUUGUUGGAUUAUUUUAUAUAAAAUUUAACUUUUACUGUAAAACUUAUUAUUUAGCAUAAGUCUUGAACUGACUUAAACUGUGCUGUUUUUUUAAUGUGGUUGUUAAUGGCUUUGUGUCAAUAAAGAUUGAUCAAGUGUAAAACUAGUAUGCACGUAAAUGUUUACAUUACUAAUGUUCUAAACUCGGAUGUUAAAACCCAUUAAGAUGUCCAGGUACACUAUUUAUUUACACUCUAGAAAUGGUACCUGGGGUAUGUUUAAUGCUUGGUUACUUGUUCCACGCAUGCAUUUUAACAACACAUGGGCCAAUUUGAUAUACACCCUUUUUUUUUUUUAUUAAUAAAUACAGAGACCCCAAAACAGAAUAUAAUUACACUUUAUUUUAUCAGCUGUAGGAAAAAUAAAUGCGUCUGAAAUAGAAAGGAAAAACAUGCAUGGAACAGAUGUUCCAGGGUCUUAAAGUGCACAAAGCUGGACAUUUCCGCAUGCACGGCAAACAGUACUUUUAAGCAAUUAUAUACUGGUAAUACCCUAAAAAUGCAUUGUGCAGGAAUAGACUAUUUAAAAAACAAGUUAAAUUAUAAUAGGUGUAUCUAGGUCAUAUUAUACAUUUACAGUUAGAUGGAUGUUUCUGCAGAUUCUUCAUCUGAAGACAAAGUACUGCAAUUCCACUACCAUUCCCCAUGCUCUAAAUACAGUAAGCCAAUUAGCUCAGAAUAACAAAAUCAGAAUAAUAAACACACAAGGAAAGCAGUGAUUUUCUGCAGGAUUUGUUACCAAACCUGUGUAGUUUUUCACAAGGUGUUUCCACUGCCCAGCAUAAUCAAAUGGGGACCAUUUUCAUUUUACCCAUAAUUAAUUCAUACAAUGCUGCAAAGUGUAAAUAGAGCAACAAUAUAUAUUACAGGACAAGCAAGACACAACUAAUGCUUAUUGAUGGAGCUUUGUAUCAUGUAACUUCUUUGGUACAAUAUGGGAAUACAACUGUAGCAGGGAGAUACACAGGGCCCUGCAUAGAAUGCAGUCUUUACCCUUGAAUGGAAGGCAGGCAUUACAAAAUGUGCAUGGAAAGAAAAAUGUAGUUCUUUACUGUUAAUGAAUAGUAAAAAAAAAAAAAAAAAAAAAAA